AUGGGCGACAAUGAAGGCUUAGGAGAGCCGGGAAGUUCCAUGCAUGGAGUCACCGGGAGAGAGCAGACCUUCGCCUUCUCGGUGGCCUCUCCGAUCGUCCCGACAGACACGACUGCGAAGUUUGCUUUGCCGGUAGACUCGGAACACAAGGCCAAGGUGUUCAAGCUCUUCUCCUUGGCCAACCCCCACAUGAGAACCUUCCAUCUCUCGUGGAUCUCCUUCUUCACCUGCUUCAUCUCCACCUUCGCAGCCGCUCCUCUCGUCCCCAUCAUCCGAGACAACCUCAAUCUCAAAAAAGUCGACAUCGGAAACGCUGGUGUUGCCUCCGUUUCAGGCAGUAUCUUCUCGAGGCUGGUCAUGGGCGCAGUCUGCGACCUUUUGGGACCGAGAUACGGCUGCGCCUUCCUCAUAAUGCUGUCGGCUCCGACAGUGUUUUGCAUGUCGUUUGUGUCCGACGCCGGAGGGUAUCUCGCGGUGCGGUUCAUGAUAGGUUUUUCGCUGGCGACGUUUGUGUCGUGCCAGUACUGGAUGAGCACAAUGUUUAACAGUAAGAUAAUUGGGCUUGCAAAUGGAACAGCCGCCGGGUGGGGGAACAUGGGAGGUGGGGCCACUCAGCUUCUGAUGCCUUUGGUUUAUGAUAUCAUUCGUAAGGCCGGUGCGACGCCGUUUAGUGCUUGGAGGAUGGCCUUCUUUAUUCCUGGUUGGUUUCAUAUUAUUAUGGGCAUUUUGGUUUUGACUCUUGGUCAGGACUUGCCUGAUGGCAACCUCCGUGCUUUGCAGAAGAAAGGUGAUGUUGCCAAGGACAAAUUCUCCAAGGUAAUGUGGUAUGCCGUCACCAACUACAGAACGUGGAUCUUUGUCCUCCUCUAUGGAUAUUCCAUGGGCGUUGAACUUUCCACUGAUAAUGUCAUUGCCGAGUAUUUCUAUGACAGGUUCAAUCUGAAUCUACACACCGCCGGCAUCAUUGCAGCCUCAUUCGGAAUGGCAAACCUGGUGGCCCGUCCUUUUGGAGGCUACGCCUCAGACGUGGCGGGGAGACACUUCGGCAUGAGAGGGAGGCUGUGGACGCUGUGGAUCCUGCAGACAGCAGGGGGAGCGUUCUGCAUAUGGCUGGGACGCGCCAACAGCCUUCCCAUCGCGGUGUUCGCAAUGAUCCUCUUCUCCAUCGGAGCCCAAGCCGCCUGCGGAGCCACCUUCGGCAUCAUCCCCUUCAUCUCCCGCCGAUCCCUGGGAAUCAUAUCAGGCAUGACCGGCGCCGGAGGGAACUUCGGGUCCGGGUUGACGCAGCUGGUGUUCUUCUCGACCUCGAAAUUCUCAACGGCGACAGGGCUAUCACUGAUGGGGGUGAUGAUCAUGGCAUGUACUCUGCCAGUGACUCUAGUGCAUUUCCCUCAAUGGGGAAGUAUGUUCCUUCCUCCAUCUAAAGACGUAGCAAAGUCAACGGAAGAGUCAUACUACGGAUCCGAGUGGACUGAGGAAGAGAAACAGAAGGGUUUGCACCACAACAGCAUCAAGUUCGCUGAGAAUUCCCGAUCGGAGCGUGGCCGGCGCGUGGCAUCUGCUCCAACCCCACCGAACACUACUCCUUCCCAUGUUUGA